AUGAAGUUGUCUGUCUGUUUCCCGCUUCUUUGGCCUUGCUUGGUUCUCGGCAUGGGUAUUCGACAAGUCUCGAAUGACAGACCGGUACUUGAAGCUAUCAAUGGCAAGAAAGCUCGGUCGCCACAACUUACACCAGACCCCGAGAUCACUCUUACAUAUGAUAACAAUGGUGAAACAUAUGCUACCGCGAGUCUUGUCAUGAACCAGCCGGCCGUGGUCCUUGGAGACGUCGAAGGUAUCUCCAGCGUCCAUUGCGAUGGUGCUGGAAUCCACAUAACGUUUGAUUCUCCGGGCACGUUCAACUAUGGCAGAUCUUGGGCAGAACACUCGUCUGUGAUCUUAAUCACAAACCAUCAUGGCAAUUGUGAUGCCAAUGGCGAGCCGGGGUUUUAUGUCACAAGCAAUAUUGAGCAGAACGAGGUCACGCGAGUACUCACUGCCAGUGUCGACAAGAAGAAGCUUGUCGAUGUGGCAUCCUCAAUCCAGGCUUCAUUCUCAGGGCACCAACUUGACCAGCAGGCCAACAUGUCCUUCUCGAAUCCAAGCAUAUGGGACAUUAGCUACAUGAACGCCGCCGGCCAAGUCUUCUCAGACAAUCCUUCACUGAUCGGCCUGACCGAGCAAGGCUACUUUUACACCUCGCUCUCCUACUCUGGAUACUUAGACUACGAGCUAGGCUCCGCGACAGGACCACGGUCGCUCUACCUAGAUGUCGCCCUCACGUCCAACCAUGGCCUUCCAUUGGUGCUCAACGCCACUAUGCCGUACAAGGGCCGCGCCUCGGUGCAGGUGGGAUACCUUGAGGCCGGCGCCUGGGGCAUCCCGGGCAUCCUGGAUGUGCGGCCUGCUCUGACUUAUGAGGCCGGCGCCGAGGUCGACGCCCCCGCGGCCAUGGUGGCUCAGACGAAUCUGACAACGGUUUUGAGUGAUGGCCGGGCUAGAAUCGACCUUGUAACGCCAGACCAGACCGCCAGUAGUGGUAUGUGGGACGGAAACUAUGGAUCGGGCGUGACUAUCGAGCCGUCAGGCCCCGUACGCGUUGCGCCGUUUCUGUCCCUUACGGCCGCGUUCGCCGUCAACGUGACGGGUCUUGGAGAGCAUUUUUACCAGGCCAUCCGUGGCUCCUCCCGCAGCGCUUACGAUUUUCAGCUCGUCGGGGGAGGUGCCGGGGACGUGUGCAGCCGGAGUUCCUACGGCUACACCAUUGAGGCGUACAACUUGGACGGCUGGCACCGAACGCUGCUUGAUCGCCAGGACCCUUAUACUAAUGGCUGCCUAUAA